CGUCUCCAAACUCCCGCGCCCCAUGCAAAUCCACCCACCCUCUCCAGUCUCCCUCGCCCCGUCACCCGAUCGAAGCCUAACCCUAAUUCAAGAAUCCACUGAACGACAACUAUAAGCGAGAGAGCGAGUGAGCGAGCGAGGCCAAUUUCCUCUAUCUCUCUCCUCUUCUUCCGUUGAUAGAUCUUUCUCUCUUCUGUCUCUGAUGGCGAUGGCUCCGACUGUGCCAUCGCCGGCGCUGUACGUGGGGGACCUCCACCCGGCCGUGACGGACAGCCAUCUCUUCGACCUCUUCUCGUCGGUGGGCGCCGUCACGUCUGUCCGCGUCUGCCGCGACAUUGUCUCCGGCCGAUCCCUCGGUUACGGCUACGUCAACUACGUUUCAUCCCAGGACGCCUCACAAGCUAUCGAGAAACUGAAUCAUGCCUCAUUAAAUGGAAAACCAAUUAGAAUUAUGUGGUCUCAUCGAGACCCGGAGGCAAGGAACAGUGGGAUUGGUAACCUGUUUGUGAAGAAUCUGCCUGACUCCAUUGACAAUGUGAGGCUUCACGAAAUGUUUGAAAAAUUUGGAAAUAUUUUGUCUUGCAAGGUUGUUACAAUGCAAGAUGGCAAGAGCAAAGGAUAUGGGUUUGUUCAGUUUGACUCUGAAGAACGUGCAAAUUCUGCCAUUGAGAAACUCAAUGGAUCCAUUAUUGAUGGCAAGAAAAUAUAUGUUGGUAACUUCAUCAAAAAGAGUGAGCGCGUUUUACCUGACUCUGAACCGAAAUAUACUAAUCUAUAUCUGAAGAACCUGGAUGGUGACAUAACAGAAGAACUUAUUCAGCUGAAGUUCUCUGAAUUUGGCAAAAUAAAAAAUGUGGUUAUUGCAAAAGAUGCUGAAGGUAACUCGAAGGGGUUUGGGUUUGUGAACUUUGAAAAUCCUGAUAGUGCUAGAAGAGCAAUAAAGGCAAUGAAUGGAGCUCAGCUAGCAUCAAAAACCCUUUACGUGGGAAGGGCCCAGAAGAAGGAAGAACGCCAAGAAAUUUUACGGCAGUUAUUUGAAGAAAAGCGUGAGGAACAGCUCAGAAAAAAUAUGGCUUCAAAUGUGUAUGUAAAGAAUAUUGAUGAUGAUGUUGAUGAUGAUGCUCUGAGAGAACACUUCAGUCAGUGUGGCAAUAUCAUAUCUGCAAAAGUUAUGUGUGAUGAUAAAGGAAUUAGUAAAGGGUUUGGAUUUGUAUGCUAUAGCAAACCAGAGGAAGCUAGCAGAGCUGUAAACACUCUGCAUGGAUCCAUGUUCCUCCAGAAGCCCUUAUAUGUUGCAAUUGCGCAAAGGAAAGAGGAUAGGAAAGCACAGUUGCAGCUUCAGUUUGCUCAGCGUAUGGUAGGAUUAGCAGGAUCACCAUCUGUAGUUAUUCCUGCUGGUUGUCCUUUUUACUACUCUGCACCUGGUGUAGUCUCACAAAUUCCUUUCUGUCAGGGUCUUAUGAAUCAAACCUUGGAACUGAUACCAGCAUGGAGGCCAAGUGGUUUUGUUUCUGCAUCAAGGCCACCUUUCCAACCAAUGCAGCUUCCAGUGGUUCCAAAUACUCAAAGGCAACAUAGACAAAUUGGAGGUCAGAUGAAUGGGCACAUGCUUUCUGAAUCUGACCACUCCAUUCCACAUAUUUGUCAUUUACAUCAACCAGACCACUCUUUGGGUGCACUGAAAGACUUUAAUAGUCACCAGCGCUCUGGACAGAGGAAGUAUGUGCCAAACAGACGCCAGCAUGAGAUGAUCAAUGAUUUGAUGGUUCCAUCUGCUGCUUCAAACUCACGAGAGCUGAAGAUGCUCAGCAGCAUGCUUGCAGCUGCUUCUCCACAACAACAAAAGCAGAUUAUUGGCGAGCACCUCUUUCCCCUUGUUCAGAAGCAUAAGCCUGAUCUUGCUGCUAAAAUUACUGGGAUGCUGUUGGAGAUGGACAACUCUGAAUUGCUACUGCUUCUGGAGUCACCAGAGUCAUUGGCUGCCAAAGUAGAAGAAGCGGUUCAGGUGCUGAAGCUGUCAAAAACUAAAUCAGGUGGUGCAGGACAUGGCAAGUACCUGUCAGCUGAGGUUGCUGUGAACUGAGGAAAAAAAACUAGCUCCAGAGAAUAGCAUUUUCUCGAAGCUUCAUCUGACAUUAAUGCUGUGCAUCUAGGCUUUUGGUUUUCAUAGGAGGUUUACUAGCACCCUUCUUUUUCUUUAAAAUAACAAAAAUCUCAUAGAUUCUUCUUUCCUAAUUCACUGAAACAGCCGUACAGGUGUGCGGCAUUGUUCCCUCCUAA